CUUUUUUAAAACUCAUUCAUUCAAACGUAAUAAUCGCUUGCUGACGCAGAGAUGGCGCAAACAGGUGUGCAGUUAGCCUCAAUCGAUGAGCAGAAGUCCUUAACCCAUGAGCAGCAGCAGGAUAUCAGAAUUUCAGUUGCUUCUCAAGGUCGCUCAAAACCUAUUCCAGAUCUACUUAAUGGAACUAGUAAAGAGAACAUGAAAAUUGCUAUCCCUCUAUAUGAAGCAUCUAUUAGAGGUGAUUGGAAAGCUGCUAAAGAGAUUCUUGAUAAAAGGCCAGAGUUGGUAAGGUAUAGUGUGACUGGAAAUAAUGAAACAGCACUUCAUGUCGCUGCAUCCACAAAAAGCACCAAACAGGCUGAACAGUUCGUGGAAAAUCUAAUGACUAAGAUGGAAAAGGAGGACCUCGAACUUAAAAAUAACAGUUCCAACACUGCCCUUUGUUUAGCCGCUGCAGUUGGCAAUGUUAAAAUGGUUGAGCUUAUGGUUAAAAAGUGCAGGGCCUUGGUGGCAAUCACUGGUAGUGGAGGAAUGACGCCACUAUAUAUGGCUGCCCUGUUUGGACAUUCUGAGGUGGUGAAGUAUCUGUACAAAAAUUCCGAUAAGUUGUAUGAUGAUUAUUGGACACCUCAGAACCGUGGUUGGCUUCUUCAGAAAUGUGUUGAGAAUGAUAUGUUUGAUAUCGCACUAGACAUACUGCGAGAGCAUGAAGAACUUAGUAGCAGUGGGAUUGUACUUGCAGCUUUGGCUCGAAAGACUGAUGCAUUUGCUGAAAUAAAAUCUAAUAUCAUCAUGAGAACCAUAAAAUGGGUCAUAUGUACGAAGAUGCAAGCUCAUGAAAAGGAAAGUAAAGCAAAAGCAUUGGAGAUACUAAAAACCAUUUGGUGUUAUAUUGCUGAGAAGCCUAGGGAAGAAAUUGAUACCAUACUCAGGGGCCCCCCUGAUCCUCCCGUUAAACGAUAUGAAAAACCAGCUUUUGACAAGAUAGAUGAAGCUCUGCAACUACUAAAACUCAUAUCUGAUAAUAUUGUCAAUAUACCUGUUGAAAUACGUAACAUAAUCAAAGGACCAGUUGCAAGAAAUCUUGAAGGUCUAGCAGGAAAUGUACGUAAAAAGUACUCUUCUCGAGUACUGUUUGUUGCCACAGAGGUGGGCAAUACGAGAUUCGUAGUUGAGCUCAUACGUUUAUAUCCUGAUCUAGCGUGGAAAGUAAAUGAUAACAAUCAAAGUAUAUUCCAUGUUGCUGCCAGACAUCGUCAAGCGGAUAUCUACAACCUAUUGCAUGAGAUAGGUUUAAAUAAGGAUAUGAUUACUCCUCUCAAAGAUCUAAACGAGGACAAUAUGUUGCAUUUGGUUGCGAGGAGUGUGGAGAGAAAGCGACUUGAGGAUGUGUCUGGAGGUGCGUUUCAGAUGCAACGUGAACUACUAUGGUUCAAGGAAGUAGAGAAAAUGGUCCUACCUUCUUAUCGGGAACGGAAGAACAAAGAUGGACUAACACCACGUGAGAUAUUCACCAAGGAGCACCAAGAUCUAGUUGUAAAAGCUUUUACAGUUCCAGGUGGAUACGAUCAGACCAAUGGUAUCCCUUUCUUCCGCAGAAACGUAAGCUUUUUGAUUUUCGUGGUGGCAGAUGCCAUAUCUUUGUUCUCAUCAUCAGCUUCAAUACUCACAUUCUUAUCCAUUCUCACUUCUCGUUAUGCGGAAGACGAUUUCUUGGAAUCAUUACCUAGAAAACUGAUGUUGGGUCUAGCAACACUUUACCUCUCAAUAACAACCAUGAUGAUUGCUUUUAGUGUUACCUUCUUUGUGCUAUACCGUGAACAUCUUAAAUGGAUACCAAUUCUUAUCACUGUGAUUGCUACCACACCAGUACUUCUGUUCGCUGCACUACAAUAUCGUCUCUUAAAAGACGUAAUUCACUCCACAUAUGGUUCUAGCUACCUCUUUCGGUCCAACAAUCAUCUUUACAAUGCAAAAUCUAAUUCUAACUAUCGUUGUUUUCCGUUUAGGAUCCCUUUCAUUUCAAGAUGUACUUCGAAAAUAUUUAAAUUGUUGUAA